UGCAGUGUCUCGAAUGGAAUUAUCUGGAAGAGUUACAGUGUCGACAAUCGAUAGUUCACUGUUACGAAAAAUCGAGGUUUGAUACAUGGAGGUUUUAUUAGGGUUUUCCUGAGUUUGGGUCUUCAGUGGGACGAGGUAUGACAGUGCUUGAAUGCUGCAGCGGAAGGUCAAGAGCUUCCGAGGCCCAGCUGAUAUCUUAAAAGCCAUCGUACAGUCACUCCACCGGGUGAAACCAAGCGUUCCCGUUCUUCUUUCAGCGCUGAAAGCCUCGACGAGCUCGAGCGACAUCGAAAACGGAAGGAGAGUCCACGCAGAUGCAGUUAAAUACGGGAAGGACUCCGACAUUUUCGUGGCCAGUAGCCUCGUCAACAUGUACGCAAAGUGUGGGAAUGUGGCGGAGGCUCGAGAGAUCUUCGACGGCAUGGAGUCCCGGAAUGCGGUGUCCUGGACUUCAUUGAUCUUGGGCUAUGCCGACAACGGAGAAUACGAAACCGGGUUGGAGCUGUUUCGACGCAUGCAACACGAGAGCUCUCAGCAAUCGGAUGCUCAGACUUUUGUGGCCGCUCUCAAGGCGUGCACGGGCUCCGCAGCGAAAGAAAAGCCUCUGGAAGUUGGCGGCAGGCUUGUCAAGCUGGGGACUCUCGAGCAAGGCAUGGCGAUUCACUCGCAGGCGUCGAGAAGUGGCUGCGAAGACGUGUUUGUUUCGAGCAUCCUGGUGGACAUGUACGCGAACUGCGGCAGCAUGCUUGAUGCUCGGCUCGUCUUCGACAGGAUGCCUUCUCACGACGUGGUGGUGUGGAACGCAUUGCUUCUGGGAUACGCAGAGAAUGGAGAGCCACAGGUGACGCUGGAGUUAUUCACUCGGUUGAGAGGAGGAGAUCGAGGCUGCGGUCCAAACGCUCGAACUUUCGUCGCUGCGUUUCAAGCCUGCGGCAGUAUGGCGGAUCAAAGUGGCGACAAGAUGGUGGCGCUGGAGGAGGGGAUGGAUCUUCACUCCCAGGCAGCUCGGUUUCAGCACUGCGUGACGGAUAUAUUCGUGAACAACACUCUCGUCGACCUGUACGCAAGGUGUGGGAACUUGGUGGACUCCCGCAGAGUUUUCGAUCGCAUGCGCUGCCACAAUGUGGUGUCCUGGAACGCGCUGAUGCUGGGACACGCCGACAAUGGUGAAGAGGAGCUGGCCUUGGAUCUCUUCGAGCGUUUGCGCGAACAAAGCUUAGCACCGGACUCCCGGAGCUUCGUUGCCGCGUUGAGAGCUUGCAGUGGUCUUGCCGAGAAAGAAAGCUCGCGGCAAGUGGACACGAACUCGAUCAUCAAGGCCGAGGCGCUCGAGAGGGGAACGCGGGUGCAUGGAGAAGCCAGAGAUGCCGGGCUUGACACGGACAUCUACGUGACGAACGCUCUCCUGGACGUCUACGCCAAGUGUGGAAGCUUGGGCGACGCUCGCAGAGUCUUCGACGCCAUGCAGCAGCGUGAUGCUGUCUCGUGGACAGUUGUGAUGCUCGCCUACGCGGAGAACGGCGAUGGUCAUCUGGCUCUGGAGCUGCACGAGCAAAUGCAGCGGCAGGGCUGCGUCCGGGACGCCCGGAGCUUCGUCGCUGCGCUGAAGGCCUGCGCGAGCAUCGCAGAGAAGGAACAGGGACAGGGAGUUGGCAACAGGUUGGUGAAAGUGAAGUCCCUGGAGCUGGGAAUGGCGCUCCACUCGCAGGCCGCGGGAGUAAGCAGCUGCAACUCGGACGUGUUCCUCGCGAACACCUUGGUGGAUCUCUACUCGAGGUGCGGGAGCGUUCUGGACGCUCGCAGGGCCUUCGACGGGAUGGAGCGGCACAGCACAGCGUCCUGGAACGCUCUCGUGCUGGGCCUCGCGGAGAAUGGAGAGGACGAGCUCGCGCUGGACCUCUUCCGCUGCAUGGGAGGAGCCGUGGAGCCGGACUCGCGGAGCUUCAUUGCAGCGCUCCGUGGGGUGGCUAAUCUCGCCGAGAAGGAGCGAGGCAAACAGGCCGAGACGGGGCUUGUCAAGGUGGAGUCACUGCGCAGAGUCAUGGAGGUCGAAGCUACGAGCAAGCUGGGCGAUAUUACAGCACUAGACGCGUUCCUUGCGAGCGCGCUGGUCGACUCGUACGCAAAGUGUGGGAGCCUCGAGGACGCAAGAAGGGUGGCGAGCAAAAUGGAGCCCCGUCACAGCAUCGCGUCUCUCAACGCGCUGGUGUCCGGCUACGCGGAGAAUGGCAAGCCCCGGCUAGCAGUGGAGCUCUACCGAUGGAUCCGGGAGAGCUACCCGGAGCUCCUGGACGUGCGGACGAUGCUCGCGGGGCUCAAGGCUUGCGGGAGCUUGGCCGCGCUAGAGACCGUCCGGGAGAUCCACGCGGAAAUCUCCAGAGCCGGCGUGCUUUCGUUAUCGUCUUCUUCGUCCUCUCGAUCACCCACCAGCAGCAGCAGCAGCAGCAGCAGCAGCGAUGGAGGAGCUCUGGCUACGUCGCUGAUCGACGCCUACGGCAGAUGUGGAAGCGUGCUCGAGGCCCAACGGCUGUUCGACGCGAUGAGCCCAUCGCCGGACACCGCGACUUGGAACUCGCUGAUAGCCGGCUACAGCCACCAUGGCGACACGAAGCGAGCUCUGGCGCUGCUCGAGGCCAUGGAGCGCGAGGGCGCGAGCGUGGACGGCAUCACGCUCGUGUCGGUGCUGAGCGCUUGCAGCCAUGCCGGGGCGGUGGAGGUGGCGCGGAGGCUGCUGGAGGGGAUGGCGGCGAGGUUUGGGGUGGAGGCUGGGGUGGAACACUUCCACUGCGUGGUGGACGCGCUGGGCAGGGCCAACAGGGUGGAGGAGGCGGCGAGGCUGGCGAGGAGCAUGCCAUUCGAGGCGAGCCCCGUGACUUGGAGGACCGUGCUGGGCGCGUGCCACAAGUGGGAGAACGCGAGCGUGGGAGAGGCCGCGUUUGAAUCCCUCCAGGGCUGUUUAUCGUGAUCAUUCGCGCGAAAUUUCUAGAAACAGAUUAUCUAAAUAAUUUUCUGAUCCGACACUAUGGAUUGCGCCGGAUCUGUGUAAUGUCGACCUGGACUAAUUAUUUGGGAUGGAUAUUUGGGAUGAUAAA